CGAGCGAGAGAGAGAGAGGGGAGGGAGGAUAUUAGGAAGGGAGAGCUGCUUUAAUGCUCUUCCUCAUGAUCGGAAGCUGCUUCAUCUCUGAUUGUACCGCUGUUUGUGGUUGUAACUGUGUGUAACUGUGUGUAACUGUGCGUGUAACGCGGUAUGGUAUGAAGUAACGAGCGCGAGUUGCUGAAGCGCCACUGGAUGCUGGAUGGUCGUUUCUGCCGGUGUCCACCGACUCCAAAUAUAACACCCACAAGAUGACAUCAACACUCCAUGGGCAGAAGGUAUGCCACUCACAGACACAGACAGAUGCCCUGAAACCACUACUCGGAGGGACAGGAUGCGAGAUCGAAGCACUACGCCUCCGUCGGCGCCUCAUGUCCAAAGAUGGACGUAGCAAUGUGCGUGUGGAACAUGUGAGUGGGCAGCAUGCACUCUACCUCCGUGACCCAUGGACGACCUGUGUGGACAUGCAGUGGCGAUACAAGCUGCUCAUGUUCAGCGCCACUUUUGUGGGUACCUGGUUUGCCUUUGGCCUGCUGUGGUACCUGCUGGCUCUUGUGCAUGGAGACCUGCUGGAGUUCGAUCCUCCAGCAAACCACACAUUGUGUGUGAUGCAGAUGCAGACACUAACAGGAGCUUUUCUGUUCUCCCUGGAGACACAGACUACCAUUGGCUAUGGUUUCAGAUGCAUCACAGAAGAGUGUCCUUCUGGCAUUGUACUUCUCGUCAUCCAGCUUCUCAUUACCACCGGCAUGGAGAUCUUCAUCACAGGAACCUUUCUAGCCAAGGUUGCUCGUCCCAAGAAACGUGGGGAGACGGUGCGUUUCAGCCAGCAUGCCGUAAUUGCCAAUCACAACGGGCAGUCAUGUCUAAUGAUACGGGUGGCCAACAUGCGCAAGAGCCUACUUUUGGGCUGCCAGGUCACUGGAAAGCUGCUCCAGCGGUGUGCACCUAAAGAGGGUGAGACAGUGCGCCUAGACCAGAAGAAUGUCCCAUUCAGCGUGGACACAGCCAGCGAGAGUCCCUUCCUAAUCCUCCCUCUCACCUUCUACCACACUAUCGACAACGACAGCCCUCUCCGAGCGUGGGCUGCCAAGGGUGUUGGAUGGACUGAGCCAGGGCUGUCUGAUUUCGAGCUCUUGGUCAUGAUGAGUUCCACGGUCGAGCCAACUUCUGCCAUGUGCCAAGUGCGCACGUCCUACCUGCCGGAAGAGAUUCUUUGGGGCUACGAGUUCCCACCCAUCGUCUCGCUGUCUCCAAUGGGGAAAUACGUUGCUGAUCUUGCCUACUUUGACAAGGUCAUCAGGGCCAAGACCCCACCCAUAUUUAGAGAGUUCUCACCCACCAACCAGCAGGGUUAUCAGAGUAGUGGAGAGGGAGGAGACCCAGAGAAGAUACAAUUGGAAAUGAGUUAUAGAGAAGUAGCACAGGAAAGGGAAAGGGGGAGAGACAGGAGUCCAUCAGGAGUUAGAACAAGUAAUGUUUAACAUACACACACAAACAGACAGUGGCAUGCUUAACAUUUAUGCCCAACAAAGUGUCCAGAUAUUAGAAAAGUAACAAAACAGCGCAAUGCUAUUAUAAAAAGUGUGGGGAGUAAAAUCUUGUUAAUGUACUCAUAUCACUGGGACACCACCUUCUUCUUCUUCUUUCGGCUCCUCCCAUUAGGGGUCGCCACAGCAGAUCAUCCGUCUCCACACCCCCCUGUCCUCUACAUCUGCCUCUUUCAACCCAACUGCCUGGGACACCAUAUUGUAGGUAAUAGAAUGGCGUUAUGUUAAAAUUGAAAUAGUCAGACAAUGUCUCCCUCUAGUGGCUACACUUGUAAAUAUGGCCACAUAAACAUGCAAAGUAACUGGUUUUCACUAAACCUUUAUAAUUUGUCUGAACACUGCAUAUAGAUGAUACAGAUACAGAUUAUCACGCAAAAUAAACAAGAAGUUUUGAUAUGAA